AUGGCCUCUCCUGCUCUGACUCUGCUCCUCCUCAUCAGCCUCCAGACACUCGGGACGUCAACAGAAUCUGUCGUGGCUGUCGACCGCUCACUGUGGGACUCAAACCGGACUGGGGACACAUGUAAAGACUGCACUCACACACUUGAACUCGUGGCUGACUUAUUUUCCCAAAAGGAACUCCAGGAGAAGCUGGUGAAAGGUGUGCAGGUGCUGUGUGAGCGUAUACCGGCGUCUAGGAGCGCUGUGAUCCUGUGCAAAGAAGAAGUGAAGAGGGUGAUCCCUGCAGUCAUUGACUUCCUCACUCAUGGAACUAAGCCAGCUGAGACUUGCCAAAAGCUGGGUCUCUGCCAAACCUUUGACGCACGGCUGUUUGGUGACUUUGUGAAGGAUGCACUGGACACUGCGGCCAUUUUGAAUGAUCCAAGGAGAAACGCCUGCUCCUUCUGCCUCUUUCUGAUGAGAACACUGGAGGGUUUACUGCCAAAGCAACGCACUGAGGACGCAGUGGUCCGCCUGCUGGAGGACAUCUGCCACAUCCUGCCCUCUUCACAGCAGCAGCAGUGUGAGGACGUUGUGGGAAAGUUCAGCAAGACCGUGAUCGACGCCAUCCUGAGCUACGCCACGCCACGCUCCAUCUGCGAGCUGCUGCGUCUGUGCAGGAGCUACGAGGAAACACUGGAUCCGUGCUCUGAGGAGGCGUUCAGGUGCAGAGACUUUGGCUCUGCGCUCAGAUGUGGAACCGUGUUCUACUGUCAGAGAUUCGCCUGGAAACGAGUGAACGUUUGA